ACCAGCUCCUGUGUCAGUGUGAGAGGAGACGAGGCAGCGAGAGGAGGAAGAGGAAGAAGAAGAAACUUUCCUCUCAGACACAUCCACCGUUCGCAGUUUGUUCUCCCGAGAAAUAAACACGCAGCUGUGGAUUAAUUGCACCUCAUGGAGGAGACGCUUUGAUCCCUUGAUGUCAGGUUGUGUUUGUAAAUCCUGCGCUUCAGUUUCCGGAUAAACCAGCACAGUGUUGUUUGGGGAAGAUUUUUUUUUUUUUCUUCUUGCUCUGCAUCUGCUGGGAUUUUUUUCCUCUUUCUGCCUGUUUCCUCUGUGACAAACAAACAUUGCAGCCACAACAACAUGGAGUCACACAGAUAACAAGGGUGAAAUCUUCGCUUGCAGAGAGAAGUUGAGCUCUGUGCUCGAGUUCAACAGGGCCACUUCCUGAUGAUGACAGUAAACAUGGAUGACGGUCUCCAAAAUGGACCCGGACAACACAGGAACUCACAAGAUGAUGAAGAGGCGUUAAACUCCAUCAUGAAGGACCUGGCAGCCCUGGGCCGCUGCUACACCCAGCACAACAAGCCCAAGAACAGAACCUUACUCUACAAACAGGAUUUAAGAGUCAAGCUGGAGCAUGAGAGAGAAAAACGAAUCAUCCCUUUCCAGAGGCCGCUGAAGAUCAAGGAGCUGCUGCAGAAAGUGACAGAGGCCUUUGGCCAGCAGAUGGACAUGUUCUUCAUGGAAAAAGAGUUGCUGCUGCCCCUGAAGACCCAGGAAGAUCUGGAUCAGGCAGUGCUGUCGUUGAGCUUCAGCGCAGGGAUCAACGGGCUGCUCAGAAUACUGCUCAAGACUCCCAAGAACAACCAUUACCUACAAGUGAACAGCAGGGACAACCAGAGUGAGAUGAGAUCAUCACGGUCGCUGGGAGAUUUGAAGGGCUCCCUGCUCAAGGGGUCGGAGAGGGUGCGCAAACACUCGACGGGCUCCCUCCACACAGGUCGGACGUCCCCGCCACCGGGCAGCGUCCCCGAGGAGCAGCAGCAGAUCGCCCGCCAGGGCUCUUACACCAGCAUCCACAGUGAAGGGGAGUUCAUCCCCGAGACCCUGGACCAGAAUAUGCUGGAUCCCUUUGGGAGCACAGACAAUACACUGUCAAACAGCUGUCAAUCAAUAGACCAGGCACUGGACAGCCCUCCUUUCUCACAGAACAACCGUGACAAUAAUUACCUAAACCUCAACUACGAAUACAAAGGUCGCCACGGGAAAGGGGGGACUUUCCCUCGCCAGUUCCAGUUGCCAAAUCGCAGCAAGGAUUACGGAGACCGUCGCAGGACGCUUCCCCGGAGCUUCAUGCCACAAGAGAACCUGUUUCAGCUGGUUCCCUCCAGUCGCACACGCAGUUAUAAUGGAGACAGUACGCUGCAGUACAGCGACCUGCGCUCGCUGGGCCGCACCUCUGACAAGAGCUGCCAGAUUGGUACGGCCAAGUCACCACGGGCACCAGUCAACUGGCGACAAGGUAAGCUGCUGGGCCGCGGGGCGUUCGGGGAGGUCUACCUCUGCUAUGACGCCGACGCGGGACACGAGCUCGCCGCCAAGCAGGUGCCGUUUGAUCCGGACUGUCAAGAAACCAGCAAGGAGGUGAAUGCUCUGGAGUGUGAGAUUCAGCUGCUGAAGAAUCUGCGUCAUGAGCGGAUUGUUCAGUACUACGGUUGUCUUCGGGACCUGGAGCAGAAAAAACUCACCAUAUUUGUUGAGUUUAUGCCUGGGGUGCGUAUUCUGCAUUUGAAUAUAUUAAAGUCACAUAGUCGUGCUGAAAGUUGGAUGGAGCUGCAAUAA